CGCGUGCCGGUCUUCUUUCGAUCCAGCCGCCCUGCUGCUGCUGAGUCGCCACCACCACGACCGGUACCAUCCACCGUACUACCCCGGGUCUCUCCUCUACUCACCGCGGGUCCUCCACCGUGACCGUUUUUUACCUCACCGUGGCCUCGCCGUCUUCGACGACCUGAGCCAUUCCGAUCGACUCCGUUCUUUACCGUGCCCGUAGAAUCAUAAGCAACCUACCCACUCAGCUUGCUGGCUACGGCAUGUUUUGAGGCUUUUUCUCUUGGCUAGCUCCGACUGCACUUAUCCUCGCCCCUUUCUCAUCUCUCCUGAGCAUCCUUUGUUCACGUUCUUCCACACUUAUCGUCCUUUGUUUUCUUCGCUUCUCGGUGCAUCUACACCUACUGUGCCAUUUACCUUCUCUCUGCUCAUCCGUUGAUUUGGCUGCGCCAUCGACAUGCUCGUACUCUCCCCCUCUUCGACUUGCGAUGUCUGUCUCGAGCCAUACAGGCUCGAAGGCGAGAAUGCGGACGAUUUGCGUUUGCCAUGUGCGAUAGAGUGUGGACAUGUAUUCUGUUACGGCUGUAUCAACAACCUCGGUCGCCUUUCCUGCCCCCUCUGUCGUAGCUACUACGACCCCCGCUCCGUCCGACGCUUACACGUGGAUAUCCAAAUCUGUCCCGACCGCGCGCCUCUUGACUACCACAACCCGGAUUCCACCAAUGAGCUCGGACUCGUUCAUGGUCCUUCCUCUGAGGCCGUAGAGAAAGCGGAGAAGGUGGUAGGGGUGAAUAUGGAGGACGAGGGCAAACGGCAUUUGACGGCGCAGUUAGUGUCGCUUGUGAGGCAGGGGGCAGAGGGUCCGGAGUUCCAGGCUAUCUUGAAGCAGACGAAGGAGUGGUUGAGGGAACGACCGGAUGAGCAUUGGGAUCUUCGUGCCCUCUACCUCCUCCUCAUUCGAUAUCAGGAGAUGUACAAAGAACACCAGAACGCCCAAUUGAAGCUCCACGAACUCAAGAGGGACUAUCACGAAUCCCAGGGAGAGUCUGUGCAGUUGAGGAAGGAGAAGGAUGAAUGGAAGGAAAGGGCGGAGAUGGAGCAGAUGGUCGCUCAGCACCAGAUCAAGAAGCUGGAGAGUACGCUGGAGGAACAGAGGCAGACGGCGUUGGCGGUGGAGAGGACGCUGAGGGAGCAUCACGAUCGGAUGGACGAGGAGUGGUCGAAGUAAUAUCAAUCAGCCUUGAAGGAGAUUCGUUCGUUCAAGGACCAGAUCCGUCUCUUGACCUUCAACGGGCCCCAUGGCGUCCAAGCCCGUCACUCGCCAGUCCCGGACCGCAACUAUCCUUCCAUCGACCAGGUCGCCUUCCCUUCGACGGACCGUCACCUUGACCGCACCCGCCAGAUCAAGGCUACGUCCGACGACCACUUCUCUCCCUUAGCGGCCCACCUUUCUCCGUACCCAGUCAUCAUGAAGGGCUUCAGUCCGUUGUUCAAAGCCCAUGAAGCCGACUCAAGCGACCCCGAAGGUGAAAACGAUGACGAGGAAGAGGAGAGCUACGAGUCUGGAAACGACUACGAGAACGAGCAAUCUCGCAUGGCCGCCGAUGGCGAAAGUCCCGAGGACGGUACUUUGGAUAAUCCGGACGGAUCAUCAGAACGCAGGUCGGACUCCUCACCUCCGCAUAUGACCCACCGAUCGAUCACGAAACCUGGUGCGAUCCCGAUCCCCCACUCGAACCUCACCCGGUUCUACGACGCUCAGGCGCAGUCACAGUCAGGAGUUACCUCCCAGUCUCCUUCUCAAUCGCUAUCACAUUCGCACUCCCCGGGAAGCAACCCUUCUUCUCACUCCACUUCUCAGUCGCAUUCGAACUCCCACCGUGACUAUCCGAUCCCCUCUCUCACGCAUUCCAACUCGAGUUCAAGCACGAUCUCGAGUACGAUCUUGACGCCUGACUGUACGGGAUCUGGUCCUGUUCCAGGAGUGGGAGCAACAGGAGCCGCACCGUCGUCCCUUCCCCAUCCCAAUCCAGCAUCCUACUUUCUCAAACGGCACGAGAAACAGCGCGAGCGCGACUACAGCACUCUCCCCCGCCACUACAGCACGUCCAGUACUGGCCCACCCCCAAGUAUCCUUUCUUCAUCGAUCACGAACGCCUCGACCACACUUCCUAGGCAGAGCAAGCUCAAGCCUGCCCCGGCACCCACCCCAUCUCCCUCAUCAUCUCCUGAGCCACGGUUUGCAGAGGUAGUAGACUCCGGCGACGAAGGUGGGAGGAUCACACACCGCCGUCAAGUCCUAGACGACCUCCUCACCGACCCCGUUCGACCUAUUAACCUCCCUGUCUCUCCUGCGUCUAUCCCUGCCGCCACAAUCACUACCGGCGAGUUCCCUUACGAGAAGGAUGUCCAGGUCCACGUCGUUAAUCCUGCUCGGGAGACCCGCCGAGAAUCGGGACGGACAUCAUCGAGGGUGCAAGGGCAGACGGACCGCGACCAUACUCGUGACCGGGAGCGGGAGCGGGAGAAGGAGCAGAGGCAUUACAGGCCUCAACCCACACCGUCCCCUGUACCCGCUCCGGUAGUGGCAGAUCCGGUACCGACACCGUCCGUUCAAGGUCAACCGAGAGUAUCUCACGCCAGCGAAGCAGCUCAAGCCCUUGAGCGAGAACGCGAACGACGUCGACGCGAGACGCAGUCCCAGAACGGCAACGGUGCUCCUGCGACAGCGCCUUUGGUGACUCCGCUCCGCGAAUCGCCUGCCAGUCGUGCCUCUAAUCAACAAGAAGCAGGAUCGUACUUCCCGCAGCCUGGCAACAUGACGAGUCGAAAUGGAACUAGUCGAGGAGCGAACUUCAACGAGAGUCAGGCGCCAGCGUCAGGUUAUAAUCAGCAGCCCGGAGAGAUGUCUAGGGAGUAUAGUCAUGAGUCGAGGAACACUUAUGAAGGAGAGUAUCAGGAACCUUCGAGGUCGAAGAGGUCUCAGCGGGAGCAGUUGGAGAGAAAGUCUAGCGGGAGGGAAAGGGAGAGGGAGAGGGAGAGAGACGGUAGGGAACAUCGGCGCCGUGAGGAAAGAGAUAGGGAGAAGGCGAGGGACCGCGAUAGGGAUAGGGACUACGAUCGCGAACGAGAUCGUGAGCGUGCUUUAACAGGAGGUGGAUUGACGAGAAGAACCGCGGCUGCCGUUGGAGAGGCGUGAUUCCUGGUGAAGGUUAGCCGAGUAGUACCCUUCGAGUGUCUUGUGUGGAGGUGUUCCAAGACGUUUUAUUCGCUCAUUACUAUCCUCGUUCGUCAAGAACAACAUCACAUCACUAUGCCUCCAUUCUCUCCUUUCCUCUGACAGCUAAUUAUAUACGACCCUCACUAUUUAGCAUUCUCCUUUUACAUUGAUUCCGUUUUAUGUCGACGUGUCCGCGAGAAACCCCUUCCUCCUUCGAUUUCUCACUGCUCAGUGCUUUAGAAACCAUCAUCCGCAUCUCGCAUUUCGUUAUCCUUGUUUUCUUCGGUUAUUCCUGAUCUGUCAACCUUUUUAAUCGGCAGAUGGAGAAUAACCGCAGACACUGGGACCAAAGCUUGUUUUUCAUAUUCGCUGUUUGUCACGAUCAUGCAUGUCCGCGGGGAUUCAUUGUUCUAAGCUACGUUAUUGUACGGGUAUCACUAUGAUCGACGAGUACCGCAUACUUCCAUGGCUCUUCCUCCAUCACUCAAUCUGACCACUUACCCACCCUUGUAUCUACGUUCCCUGUAUGAUUAUGGAUGGACUCUAGGUAAUUUCUUACCAGAUCUCUCAU